AUGUCUGCUGUGGACAUUGCAGAAAAUACUUCUAGAAUUCCUGUCUUGAAGAAAGUCAUGCGACAUGUUAUGUAUGGAUGGCCAGACAACUACAAAGAAGAGAAUUUGAAGCCAUUUCACAAAAUUCGUCUUGAACUUACUGCUGAAAAUAAUUGUGUUCUUUGGGGGGGAAGGGUUGUGAUACCUCUGUCCCUUCAUCUCAAGGUGUUGGAUCUGUUGCACGAAACACACCCUGGAGGCAGCAGAAUGAAAAGUCCUGCGAGAAGUUACGUGUGGUGGCCCAACAUGGAUGAACAAAUAGAAGAUUUAGUGAAGGAUUGUGGCGUGUGCCAGGCACUCCAGUCUUCAAUCCCUCAUGAUAACUAUGUGCCUUGGUCAUGGCCGACCAGGCGGUGUCAGAGAUUGCAUAUGGACUUUGGCCAUUUCCAGGGUUCUGAAUUUCUUGUGAUCUUAGAUGCUCAUUCUAAAUGGCCUUCGGUGCACGUUAUGCCAAAAACUGAUUGUGUGGCAGUAAUAGAAGUGCUCAGGUCUUUGUUUGCUGCCUACGGCCCAGAGCUGUAA